GUCCAUUACUGGAUUUUCUGUUCAAGACUCAAUAAUUUACAGACCGCCGUCAUAUCGCUUAAACAUUGCGGAGUGUGACGUUAGAACAACGACACAUACACACUUAAUAUUGUUCGAACGUGACAUCAUGCAAUCAUGAGAUCGCCUCCAUGUGGAGAAGACAAGUAAUAUUCGGAGGUCACCCAAGCACUCUUUCUGAUCUGGCCGCUACUCGUUAUACCGUGUACAUGGUUAACAUGAUCCAGGAUCUUGUGCUUAUGUAUUUCAUGUGUAUUUUCUUUUUUAAUUUCAGGUUUCGAGUACAUGGGUUGCUAUCCCGAUGACCCAAACAGAAUGUUAAAGGACUUCCGGGAAGAAAGUGAUGUUAUGACUCGGGAAUGGUGCUUGGUGAAAUGCAGAGAGGGCAACUAUACAUUUGCUGGUCUGGAGCACUACACACACUGCUUCUGUGGCGACUCCUAUGUUGAGUCCGUGUACCCAAAGAAGGCCGAGUCCGAGUGUAACACGCCAUGUACAGGGAAUCCACAACAGAUGUGUGGAGGCGUGUGGAGACUGUCCGUGUUUAUAUGUCGCUGACACAGGUCAAUUGAUGUACAUGGGGAAUAAUUGAGUGGAGAGAGAGAGGACGGGUGGCCCAGUCUAAGGCGCCGCGAUUCGCUGUGCAGAGUUGCGUCCCUUGGGCACACCAGAAACCUAUG